CGCGCUAUCACGUGACCUCUACGCAAAGGAAGGAGUGUGCGAGUUUGUCUUCCGCAGUACAGUGCAGAGUUGGUCUGGAUUAGAGUCUCCUUCACUGAAGAAGCAGGCAUCUCUGUCCAUCUGGUCGCACAAGCAUGGCAUCAGUGGGCGAGGCACACUGUGCCAGCUGCGCACACACCAGCCUGGCAUCUCCCAGUGCCCACCAGACUCUGGAUGAGAUGGAUUUUGAAAGAGGUAUCUGGUGUGCAGCUCUUUCGGGGGACGCGGAGAGGGUCCAGGCCUUGCUGCACAAGGGGACAGAUCCCAAUGUGAGGGACCAGGCUGGUUACACUGCGCUGCACUAUGCCAGUCGCAGCGGGUGCUUGUCCGUGUGCGCCCUCCUGCUGGACCGUGGAGCAUGCACCAGUCCUCAGACCAGGGGCGGGGCCACCCCUCUGCACCGCGCCGCCUACUGCGGCCACGUGGGCGUGGUCAGCCUGCUGCUGGCCCGGGGGGCGGACCCUCUUCUCUGUGACGACGAAGGCUCCUCCCCCUUGCACAAGGCCGCAGAGCAGGGCCGUGAGGAGGUGUGUGAACUGCUGCUCCAGCGCUGUCCUUCGCUCAAGACCCUGGCAGAUAAGAGGUCCCGCACAGCCUACCACCUGGCCCAAGAGGGGAGCAGUCUGAAGCAGCUCUUGAGACCCCCUGAGAGCGUUCACUGACACCCACCAGCCUCUGCAGGGGCUGAGAACAGCACACAUCACAGUCAGGUUCUUACAGGGGUGUGCUGGGACCUGCUGUGCACAGUACUGGCGCGGACAGAGAAACAAACAGCCCUGUUAUGUUGACCAGAGCUGUAAUGUAGAGACGAGGCUGUAGUUGAUACACUUGUACUUCAUGUACAGGGACAGUCCAAGGUUUUCUUGGCUGAAUGGCAUGUUCUUACCAUGUUUUCUUAAGUUCUUAUGAGUUGAAGAGCCCUAGGCCAAGCUACGACAUGCUGUAUAUCUUUUGACACUGCAUAGACUGUGGCCCCCUUCCUUGUGGGAUUUAGCCCUUGGAAUCAGAGUCAGAUAAAUGAAGUCUGAGUAUGAGACAAGAGACAACCAGCUGCACUCAGGCACAACUUCAUCACAGGCUUGACCAGAGCAGUGUUCCAGGUUCAAAUUUGCGUUCACGGGGUCCGGGUUUAACAAAAAAUCAAGAUGCAAACAGGACUGUAACUGCAGCGUUCACUCUGUUUGAUUCAUUUUUUUGGACUUCUCAAUCCAGGAUUGGAAAAGGGCUCAGCUUUGCUUAUUCUCUCAGAAGUGGAGUUUGAUAAGCUGUGCGGGUACUGUUUUCCAGUAUACUAAUCAUAUCACUCUUACGCAUAAAUGUAUGUUACUAUCUAGUUUUUGGGUUGUCUGUUUUUUCAAGGUUUCGACUUCCUGACUUGAAGUUUUGAAAGAUCAGCAGGGUAGAACCACUCCUCUGUGUAUUUUUGUUUACCUGUUUGAAUCAAUCAGCAAUAAAAAAGUCACAGUCA